UAUAAGAAGUAGGCAUGUGUUUUUAGGACCGACAAACGUGAACCUCGCGUGGCCAGAGUUGAACACAGAAAAUGGCGGGGAUAAGCAAUGCUGUGCUUUUGCGAAGCAUUCGAGAAAUACUCAAAGGAGCAGAUCUCUCCUCUCUGUCGGCUAAAAAAGUUCGACGGAAACUUGAGGAAAAAUUUGGAGCAGACUUAACAGAUCGGAAAAAAGAAAUAGAUAAAAUACUCAUGGAUUUGAUAAGUGAAGAUGAAGAGGAACAAGAAGCAGAUAAACAAGAAGAUGAUGAUGAUGACAGUCAACAGGAAGAUGAUGAUGACGAUGAUGAUGAUGGUGGAGGAGAUGAAGAUGAGGAGGAUGAAGAAGAUGGUGAGUCGUCUUCAGAUGACGCUGACAACGACAGUCGGCUGUCUCCAAAAGGCAAGUCUACGAGCAAUGGUCUCAGUGACCAGUCCGACGAUGAAGAAGAUAAACCUUCAGAUAAUUCAGAACCAGAAUCUAGGUCAAUGAGUCCUCCACGAAAAAAGUCGCGAGUUAAACAAUCAUCAAAGAGUAAGAAACCAGUGAAAAAGACAAAAAAAGAUAAUCAUGGUGCUAAAAAAAAGGAAUCUGAAUUAGACGAUGAAGAAUUAGCAAAGAAACUUCAACAAGAAGAAAACAAUUUCCGUUCUCGGCCAAGAUCUGUCAAAAAAACUCCAGCACCUCCUAAAAAAGAAAGAAAACAAAAAGAUGGAAAAGCCCGAGUGUCUAUUUACAGCAAGCCAUGUAUAUUAUCUGGUGAAUUAGCAGUUGUUAUGGGAACAGACAGAAUGGCAAGGAAAGAUGUUGUCAAAAGUAUGUGGAAAAUAGUCAAAGAAAGAGAACUUGAAGAUCCUAAAAACAAACAGUUCAUGAUUUGUGAUGAGCAACUUCAGAAAGUCUUUGGGAGAAAACGGGUCAGGACAUUUGGAAUGAUGAAACAUCUUAAAAAUCACAUCAAAGAUGCUGUGGACUAAAUCAUAAGCCAUCAAGAUCAAGCGGGGUAUCAACGAUUCAACCUUGCAGAACUUUCCGUCUGUACACUGCUUACCUACCACUCCCUCCACUGUAGAGCUUUUUGUUUUUUUUUUUAACCCUCAUCCAUACCAUGCAUUUAGGAUCCAUGACAACUACAACUGCCAAACCGUGUUUCCUCCCAUCUUGUUCUGUCUGUCUGUCUCUUUCUCUCUCUCUCUCUCUCUCUCGCCCCCUUUCUCAGAACCUGUCUGUCAGUUUGUGUGUGUGUGUGUGUGUGUGUGUGUCCGUGUGUGCAUGCAUGCAUGUGCGUGUGUGUCCCCCUCUUUCCUUUUGUACUUUUCACACCUCAUUGCAGAUAUGUUCAGUGAAUGCUUUACUGUUACUCAUCAUUUCAUUCAGAAAAUGUUACUACUCUUACUACCACAAUACUCCUUACUACAACUACUACGACCACCAUCCCCUUAGCUCUUGCUUCUGCUGCUGCUACCUCUGUUACUCUUAACAACUGGUACUGCUGUUUCAUUGGACAAUUAAGCAGGGUUCAGCAGCUGUUGACAUUGCAUUGAAUGGUCUCCAUUACAAGACUAGAAUAUCCAGUCUCAAACACAAAAAAUAUAUAAACAUUUCCUUCCAUCUUCUGGAUGAGAACUUUCAAUAUUUUUUUGACUGCCAUUCCCCCAUAUAUAUUUUUCUCUCUUUCAAGUACAACAAGGUUUCAAGUCUUAGGCCAGACUCUUUAUUUAUGAAUUUUGAUGCAACUUUGUUGGUUUAUACAACUGUGGCUGCCAGUAUGGUCACUGGACGUAAUAUGUCUGAUGUAGUUAAAUUUUAAGGGUGGUUUAUAUAGGUGUCUUUACAAUUUUAUAAAGUUUUGUCAUAUACCAGCUCUUGAAAAUGUGAAAGUAUAUAAUGUGCAUUCAUGCACACACUUGAUAUAUGUACAUUGUAUCGGUGUGAAUACACACACAUACUAUUACUACUACUAUAUAUUAAGGUAUAUAUUUAUGUACGAAUGUUUUCUGUGUAAUAUGGUGAUCCUCCUUGAGUUUGACUAAAGCAGAUCGCUUGACAGUCAAAUUGUCUUUUAGACUACACACACACACAUACAUAGUACAUACAUACCAAUCUUUUUCUGUGUUUGUACUGAUUAUAGUCACGUCAAGACCAAAUUUUGUUUUAUUUGUGUAAGCCAUACAAUGGAUAUAAUUGUUUAAAGUUUCUAACUGUUGAUCUGUGUUAGGUCUUUAAGAACCAGAUUCUAAAUUUUGGUUCAGUAGACUAACUUUUGACUGGAUCCUUGUUCCAGUUUAAUAAUAAUAAAAAUAUUUUAAAAUCCAUACAGUUAGUUUAAAAUGUCAUUCUACUAAUCUCCCACAUGUGUAGAUUUGUUUUUUUGUUUUUUUUAAGAUUGAUUUUUAUUUUUAUUAUACAUAUUCCUAAUUUAAAUAAUCAUUCCCCUUCCCUUUUUUUUAACUUCUAUCUUGAACCAAGAGUACAAAAUAAAAUUUAAAAAAAAAAAACUGCAACAAAGCAAAAUUUUUUAUAGACUUGUUUGAGAAAUUACAAAAUUGGAAGGAGAAAAGAAUUAAAAAAAAAAUAAAUGAAUGCAAAAAUCCUA